AUGGAGGAUCACGUGGAGAAGUUGUGCAAGGUGUUCAAGGUUUCGCGCGACAAUGCCUUGUGCAUAAAGCGGGAGAAAUGCAUCUUCGCUCAACCUACUGUCCAAUUCCUCAGGCAUACAAUCAGCCACGGAGAGAUAAGGAUAGACGGCGACAAGGUGGAACCUAUUAAGAUUUGCGAGGCUCCAACGAAGGUACCCGAAUUGUGUUUCUUCCUUGGCCUUGCCAAUUAUUUUCGAUGCUUUAUUUUCAGAUAUUCGGCUAUUGCAGCCACACUCACCGAUUUGCUUAAGAAGAACCGUGAGUGGGAAUGGUCGGAUCCUUGUCAAGCUGCCUUCGAGAGGCUUAAGGCUGCUGUGAUGGAAGAACCUUUUUUGGCCUUGCCUUAUUUCCCUAAGGUGUUUGAGGUUCACACUGAUUCGUCAGACUUUGCUACUGGUGGCGACCAAAUGCAAGAGGCCCACCCGAUUGCGUUUGAAAGCAAAAAACAGAAUGACGCAGAGAGGCGAUAUUCUGCUCAUGAAAAGGAGAUGAAGGACUUCUUAGUAGAAUUCAGUUUCACAUUCGAGUACAAGCCAGGGAAGGCUAAUGUUAUUGCCGACGCGCUUACUCACAAGGAUGCCUUUGCUGCAAUCUGGGCUAACCUUCGGCUUAUGUUGAUCAAAGAUGGGCCCGGCACGGCUUCGGUUGGUAAUCCUGGGCAGAAGAGAACCUUAGCCUUGAUAGAGGCUUCUUACUAUUGGCCUUGGAUGUGGGACGACAUCGAGGUGUAUGUGCGGACUUGUCUAAUUUGUCAACAAGACAAGGUCGAGACGAAGGUACCGGGUGGACUGCUCGAGCCGCUCCCCAUUGCUAAAAAACCUUGGGACAGCGUCACGAUGGAUUUCAUUACUUGCUUGCCGAACUCGAAAAGGAUUGGAAAUAUUAUGGUCGUAGUGGAUCGCUUCUCAAAAUAUGCAAGAUUCAAUGCCAGGACGGCCAGUUGCAAGGCUAAAGAGGAAGCCCGUAUCUUCUUGCGCGACGUCAUCAAGUAUUGGGGCAUUCCCAAGCACGUCAUUAAAGAUCGAGAUCCUCAAUUUGCUCUCUCAUUUUGGAGAGAGUUAUUUAGUCGCUUGGGGUCAGAAUUGCACUUUUUGACCAGUUUCAAUCCUCAAACAGAUGGGCAGACCGAGCGGAUCAACGUGCUGUUGGAGUGCUAUUUGCGGCACUAUGUGAGCGAUGUGAUGGGGAGGAGUCCUUUAGAAUUAGCAACAGUGCGGCGGCCUAAUCCGCCCCAAUCCUUGCCCGUUGAUGCCGGUUUGAAUAGUCCGGGUGCCUAUCAUAUGGCGAAAGCCUAG